CUUUUCCUUUUCAUGGUAGGUCGCCCCCCUAAAGAUUCACUCGAAAAAGCUCUCGCCUUUGUCAUUUUCUUUCUUCUCCUUCUCGCUUUCUGGUUCAUUUCACAGCGAGCAACAGUGUUUUUCAGAAAAAGGAAAAACAGCGUCCCAUCCAUGCAAUGUGCCAACUGUGAUCUCGCGUUUGGUGAAAAACGUGACGUUUUUUCUUCUUCUUCUGCUUCUGCUUCUUUUUCUUCUCCUCUGCAUCUCCGACGAUUCGCAAACAGACCCACUUCAAACGUCUUGAUCCCAUUUUCCGAAAUCUCGGAGGCGUCCUGGUUUCGAAACGCUUGAGUCAUUUUUGAUUCGUCUGUGAUAUUCUGCGUCCGCCGGUCCACCGAAUCGAACGUGCUCUUCCGCGGGAAAGUUCCCACCUUUGAGUUGAGAAUGAGAAAGAGAGAGACAGAGAAAUAAAGGGUUGAAAGUUCAGCGAGUUCCUACCUCGUUUUCGGAGUUGGGCCAUGUUUUUUUUUUCCUGAUUUGGAGAUUACCCUCUACUUUGGAGUGUCAGAUGCCUGAGUGACUCGAGGAUCUCUUCAGAAGCUGCAAGAACGAGUAGCAUUAGACAUCAGAGGAGCGUCCGGGUCAACCUGCAGUCACUCGCGAAGGAAGUGAGCUCCUCAUUUUAGCAUCUGAAGUCAACCUUCUCAGUGACUCCGGCAAAAGUUUUGAUUUUCUGGAAGAAGAGCUCCAUCUCGGGAUAAUGCGGUUCUAUUGGGACAAUCUGCUUGAGAAAUCAUAGUUUAGUGCGGCUGCGUCUUGCCUGGGGGAGACAAAUCCUGGGACUGAACUCCAUGUCGUGGGUGCUUAUGGUUAUGCAUCAAAAGCAAAGUUUUGGCUGUACCUAUCUGGAGAAAAUGCUGGAAUUGAUGGUUAACAGAUUCCUGGGCUAAGUCAUAAGCUUAAAUUCGUGCGCCACGAUUAGCAAUCUUCAGUAUGUCAGAGAAUACGCAAGAAGUUCGAUCUCUUGGCCUGACGCCAACAUGGUCCGUUGCUACUGUAUUGACGAUUUUUGUCGCGGUUUCAUUGGUCGUGGAGCGCUCAAUUCACCGGUUAAGUACAUGGUUGCGUAAAACAAAUCGUAAGCCGUUGCUUGAAGCUGUUGAGAAAAUGAAAGAAGAGCUGAUGCUGCUUGGAUUUAUCUCUCUCCUUCUGACGGCCACCUCAAGCAUGAUAGCUAAUAUUUGCAUCCCGUCCAAGUUUUAUGAUCGUGCUUUUGCUCCAUGCACGAGGUCUCAGAUUGAUGAAGACAAAGAGAACAAUGGUUCCAAGGAUCGUAAGAUGUUAGCAGAAUAUUUCCUGAAUCACUCAUUCAGGAGAAUGUUGAAUACCUGGAGUCAGAAUUCCUGCAAAAAGGGUCAGGAGCCAUUUGUGUCGUAUGAAGGUCUUGAGCAGUUACAUCGCUUCAUAUUUGUCAUGGCAGUAACGCAUAUAUCUUACAGCUGCUUGACAAUGUUGCUAGCAAUAGUGAAGAUUCACAGUUGGAGAUUAUGGGAAGAUGAAGCUCAUGUGGAUCGGCAUGAUUACUUAACUGAUAUCACAAGAGAGUCGAUAUUACGGAGACAAUCUACUUUUGUCAAGAUUCAUACAACAAAUCCUUUGGUCAAGAGCAGAUUUGUCAUCUGGGUGACUUGUUUUUUCCGUCAGUUUGGGCAUUCAGUGGUUCGUGAUGACUACUUAACUUUACGUAAAGGCUUCAUCAUGAAUCACCACCUUCCACCAAAGUAUGAUUUCCACAGCUAUAUGAUUCGCUCUAUGGAAGAAGAAUUCCAACGGAUAGUUGGUGUGAGUGGUCCUCUAUGGGGAUUUGUAGUUGCUUUCAUGCUGUUUAACAUAAAAGGGUCCAAUCUCUAUUUUUGGAUAGCCAUUAUUCCUAUUUCACUUGUUCUUCUGGUGGGCUCAAAACUGCAGCAUGUCAUCGCAACCUUAUCAUUGGAAAAUGCUGGAAUUUCUGGAUACUUAUCAGGAGCUAAACUGAGGCCUCGUGAUGACCUUUUCUGGUUUAAGAAGCCUGAGCUACUUUUGUCCUUGAUCCACUUCAUUUUGUUUCAGAAUGCAUUCGAACUAGCUUCAUUCUUCUGGUUUUGGUGGCAGUUUGGAUAUAACUCAUGCUUCAUUAAAAACCAUCUGCUUGUCUACUUACGAUUGAUUCUGGGGUUUGCUGGACAAUUCCUCUGCAGCUAUAGCACAUUGCCUCUGUAUGCUCUGGUUACUCAGAUGGGAACAAACUACAAGGCAGCCCUGAUUCCGCAGAGAAUACGAGAAACGAUCCAUGGGUGGAAGAAGUCUGCUAGGAGGAAGAGACGGCUUGGCAUGUUAACGGAUGAUUCAACAGUACAUACAGACACGAGUACAGUUAUGUCACUGGACGAAGACGAUCAUCAGUUGUUUGAUGAGCCCACAAAUCCAACUGAUGGAUGCACAGAAAUUGAGUUACAAGGAGCUCCUCCUACAAUCGUCAUUAGUCCUCGAGUUGCUAAUGAGACGUCGAGUAGAGUUGGUACACCUCUCCUUCGCCCUUCUGCGUCUCUGUCUUCAUCAUCCCCUGGGAACUUCCAUGCAGAUGUUUUUUCAAGAUGUAGUUCCAUGCCAGCUAGAAGAGAAUGAUGAGUAAGGUUUUCAUGGCUAUGAUGGGGGCAGCGAAAAGCUCGACUGGUUUUGUUUGUAAUGUCACAUUUGAGGAUGCCAUGUCAGAGUUAAUCUUAAGAGCAUAUAUUGCGAAAUAUAGAUUGUAAAAUUUCCACAGAGGAUAGGCGAGAAAGUUAAAAUGUAAUAGAAUUGGUGUAACGAGCAGAUACUGACACGGUUAUGAUACAGGCCUUAGGCUACGUUUGGUUGUCCAGAUUUCUAAUCAGGAUAGGACUGGAUAUGAUAGGAUAUAAAAUCCUGGGAUUUUUUUAUA